GAAAAUUGAAACAUGCUCAAUUUUAUUAAAGAAAGAAAGAAAUAAAAAAAGAGGAGAGAGACUUUGCUCUACCUUUCUGGAAAGUCGCCGAUGGCGAGCCCUAUGAUAACCAAUCGAACUCCAAUUUCUUGCUCACUUCUCUUCGGAGCCUCCUUCCCUUCUUCUUCUUCUUCUCUGUCUUCCCUUCAAAUACCAGCGCGAGCACGGAACAGGAGGGCAUCGGGUUUCAGGAUCAGAGCCGAGACGAUGGCGACGGAGAAGCUGGGGAUCAAGAUCGAGAGGAACCCUCCCGAGUCCAAGCUCGCCGAGCUCGGCGUCCGCCAAUGGCCCAAGUGGGGAUGUGCUCCUAGUAAAUUCCCAUGGACAUACACCGCAAAGGAGACGUGCUAUCUGCUGGAAGGAAAGGUGAAAGUAUACCCCGAUGGGCAUGGUGAUGAGUUCGUGGAGAUUGGGCCGGGUGAUCUGGUGGAGUUCCCCAAAGGCAUGAAGUGUACCUGGGAUGUCUCAGUGGCUGUGGAUAAGCACUACAAUUUCGAUUAGGAACUGGAAAUGAUGAACUACCAAACUUUUUCAUGGACCAACAUUGAUCUCUCUGUAAACUGGGAUGGGUGUCUCAAUGUUUUGAGAUGCCAAUGCUUUGCAGUACCCUGUUAACUGAUAUAAUUAAUAGUGAUGGUAUUAAAGAGACUAGUUCUUUAUCA